UAUGCUUAGGAACUACAAAACCAUUGCCAACCAGUGCGUGAGAAAGCUGCUGUUAUGAGGUCCGAGAAGUCAGCUUUGGUAUUUCUGCUCCUGCAGCUCUUCUUUGCUAGCUAUGGAUUCUGUGGGAAGGUCCUGGUGUGGCCCUGUGACAUGAGCCAUUGGCUUAAUGUCAAGGUCAUUCUGGAGGAGCUCAUAGCAAGGGGCCAUCAGGUAACCGUAUUGACUCACUCAAACACUGUCUUAAUUGACUAUAGGAAGCCUUCUGCACUGAAAUUUGAGGUGGCCCAUAUGCCACAGGACAUAACAGAUUGUCCAGAAAGAUUUAUUGACCUAGUUCUGAAUGUCUUGCCAGGCUUACCACCCUGGCAAUCAGUUAUAAAAUUAAAUAAUUUUUUUGUUGAAACAAGAGAAACUUUCAAAAUGAUCUGUGAGAGCUUUAUCUACAAUCAGACACUUAUGGAGAAGCUACAGGAAACCAACUAUGAUGUAAUGCUUAUAGACCCUGUGAUUCCCUGUGGAGAUCUGAUGGCUGAGUUGCUUGGAGUUCCUUUUGUGCUCACACUUAGAGUUUCUGUAGGAGGCAAUAUGGAGCGAAGCUGUGGGAAACUUCCAGCACCACUUUCCUAUGUGCCUGUACCUAUGACAGGACUAACAGACAAAAUGACCUUUCUGGAAAGAGUACAAAAUUCAGUGCUUUCAGUUCUCUUCAACUUCUGCAUUCAGGAUUAUGACCAUCAUUUUUGGAAAGAGUUUUAUAGUAAGGUAUUAGGAAGGCCCACUACAUUAUGUGAGACUGUGGGAAAAGCUGACAUAUGGCUAAUACGAACAAAUUGGGAUUUUGAAUUUCCUCAACCAUACCAACCUAAUUUUGAGUUUGUUGGAGGAUUGCACUGUAAACCUGCAAAACCUUUGCCUAAGGAAAUGGAAGAAUUUGUCCAGAGUUCAGGGGAAGAUGGUAUUGUGGUGUUUUCCCUGGGGUCAUUGUUACAAAAUGUUCCAGAAGAAACAGCUAAUGUUAUUGCUUCAGCUCUUGCCCAGAUUCCACAGAAGGUGUUAUGGAGAUACAAAGGAAAAACACCAUCCACAUUAGGAACCAAUACUCAGCUGUAUGACUGGAUACCCCAGAAUGAUCUUCUUGGUCAUCCCAAAACCAAAGCUUUUGUCACUCAUGGUGGAAUAAAUGGGAUCUAUGAAGCUAUUUACCACGGGGUCCCUAUGGUGGGAAUUCCCAUAUUUGGUGAUCAGCCUGAUAACAUCGCUCACAUGAAGGCCAAAGGAGCAGCUGUAGAAAUAAACUUCAAAACUAUGACAAGUGAGGAUUUACUCAGGGCUUUGAGAACAGUCAUUAAUGAUUCCUUUUAUAAAGAGAAUGCUAUGAGAUUAUCAAGAAUUCACCAUGAACAACCUGUAAAGCCCCUGGAUCGAGCAGUCUUCUGGAUUGAGUUUGUCAUGCGCCACAAAGGAGCCAAGCACCUGCGGCCAGCUGCCCACAACCUCACCUGGUUCCAGCACCACUCUAUAGAUGUGAUUGGGUUCCUGCUGGCUUGUGUGGCAACUGCCAUAAUCUUGGUCACAAAAUGUUGUUUGUUUUCCUGUUCAAAAUUUAAUAAAACCAGAAAGAUAGAAAAGAGGGAAUAGAUCUGCCCUAAUUUAGAAAAGACCUGAUGGAGUAAUCCUGUUAAUUCCAGCCACAAAUAAUAUAAUAAAAACAUGCUACUCUCCUAUUUUUAUAUUUUAUCUUAGCUAUACAGCCUAGAAUUCCACAGAUCAUUAACUUGUGAAUAUGUCUCAUUCUUUUUUCUAAUUUGCCUUGACAUCCUUACUCUCUUCUCUCACUUUGUGAAACAAGGACAUGAAUACCUAUUUCUGAUAUCGCUGUUUUCAUGAUGUCAUUACUUCUAUAACCUUAAGUGAUAGGGUGACCUCCAAUAUGCUGAUUCCUGGUGACUGCACAAACAAAUGAAUUUAGAGAAGUAAAAAAUGUAAAAUUCACAAAAUUCAGUAAACCACACAAAUCAGGUGUGUAUACUAUGCGAUUAGCUUGUUAUGAGAAACAUAAUGAUUUUUCUGUUUCUAUUUAAAUAAGCCCUUGUAAAUAUCCAACAUUACUGAUAUCAGACAAUAAAUUGCUAAAAAUGAUGAUGGGGCAUUACACUCAGAAAAGUUUGCUAUAUUUUCAUAUACCUCAUCUAGAUGUCAUGGCCUACAUUCUACCAUGACUCAACCACAAUUUUGAGUGUGUACUUGAUGAAAAAUAGGCCGUUCUCAUUAUUGCCCUCAAGUAAUAAAAGGAACUAAUCUUUUCUCACACAGAGAAAAUGUCAAUAAGAUAUUCAAGAUGAGCAGAUUAUGUUGAGAUAAGUAACCAUUAGAGAUAUAUGGUUUUAAUUACUGAUUUUAUAAAAUUUUAAUUGAUAGUACACUUAAUAAAGAAGAUUUAAAUAUCUACUCUUUAAAAAUCAUGAAUACUCAUUUUUUUCUCUCCAAUCAAAAGUAUAAUGUUUACUGGAGAAAAAUAAAGAGAUGCUUGCUCUGAAGCUAAGAGCAAUAUACUGCUUUUCAUUCUCAAUCUCCAAGAAAUGCAAAUUCAUCAAAUAAUUGUUUACACAGUAAAAAUGUAAGGUAUUAUAAUACCUGCUUAACAAAUAAUAUUAUGUAUUAAAUAUUUAGAUAUGUAAAGAUAUACAAUAAAUACAUUUUCAUAAUCUUUACACUAAUUAAGCAAAUAUAUUAAAAUUUUUAUUUUUUUGCUGUCUUAUAAUCUUAGUGAUAUGCUUAUUUAAAGUCUUAAUUUAAGGACUCAAUUUAUUAAAUAAAUAAGUGGGCUCAACUUUUCUGAAAAUUUUGCAAUUCUUACACAUGUUGGUAAGGUAUAUUUAUAAAUUAAUUCUAAUUUUAAAAUGACUAUGUAAAAGGAAAUAAAAGUACUUUUCUUGUGUAUGUAUAUAAUUAAUAUGUAAAUGAAAUUACUAAGUUCGUAAGUUUCUUAAGUUUUUACACUGAUACAUAUUUUGACUUUUACAAUAUUAUUAUAAUCUAUGAAAAGCUGAUUAUAUCUGUUUUAAGCCUCAUCUUUUCUCUAUCAUUAAAUUCAGCAACUGGUUAAUAUGCUGUGAUAGGUGGGAUUUCUGAGGUUGAGCCUACUAACACUCUGGGGCUUUCUAGGUUGGACACUCAUUGUACAUGGGACUCCCUGCCUCUCAAGAGCUGUUACUCAUAAGGCUCUCUUUCGUCUAUCUAGCAUUGCCUUUUGAAAUAAGUUGCAAUCAGAGUCCAACUGGCCUUUCAGUCAUAAUAUGUUCUGUCUUAAUCACCACUUUCCUAUCAGGAGCCUCCCCAAGUUUGUUCUCUCAUGUAAGAAGCUCACAGAUGUUCUAAAUUUCAGACUAUUAAGCUAUUAACAAGCCUUUGGACCAUGUUCACUUUAGGUUGAACAUAGUGUGAGGAGAUGUAAAUUAAAUUAUAAUCCUAUCUGUGUAUGUUACAAGUAUUAAAGUGUAUUAAUUAAAUAACACAUUCUAAGUAUUCAACAAGGGUCAAAGGAAUGAUUACACAGUCACCAAA